CUCCCGCGCAUGCGCACAGCCGCCUCGCCUUUUCCCUCGCCAUGAAGGAUCGGACCCAGGAGCUGCGGCCGGUGAAAGAUGGCGAUGAGGAUGACGAAAUUGCUGUUGGAGUGGAUCGAGACCGCUUCAUGGAUGAGUUUUUCGAGCAGGUGGAAGAGAUCCGGGGCUUCAUCGAGAAAAUCGCCGAAAACGUGGAAGACGUGAAGCGGAAGCACAGCGCCAUCCUCGCCUCCCCAAACCCCGACGAAAAAACCAAAGAAGAGCUGGAGGAGUUGAUGUCGGACAUAAAAAAGACCGCCAACAAAGUCCGCUCCAAGCUAAAAAGUAUUGAGCAGAGCAUUGAACACGAGGAAGGGCUGAACAGAUCCUCGGCUGACUUGCGGAUCAGGAAAACGCAGCAUUCGACUUUGUCCCGGAAAUUCGUGGAGGUGAUGUCAGAGUACAAUGCCACCCAGUCCGAUUACCGGGAGCGCUGCAAAGGACGCAUCCAGAGGCAACUAGAAAUAACCGGUCGGACCACUACGAGCGAGGAAUUGGAAGAUAUGCUUGAGAGCGGGAACCCGGCCAUUUUCUCCUCUGGGAUCAUCAUGGAUUCCAAUAUCACCAAGCAGGCGCUGAACGAGAUCGAGACGCGGCACAGCGAGAUCAUCAAGCUGGAGAACAGCAUCCGGGAGCUCCACGACAUGUUCAUGGACAUGGCCAUGCUGGUGGAGAGCCAGGGAGAGAUGAUCGACCGGAUUGAAUACAACGUGGAGCACGCUGUCGAUUACGUGGAAAGAGCCGUCUCCGACACCAAGAAAGCGGUCAAGUACCAGAGCAAAGCCAGGAGGAAGAAGAUCAUGAUCAUCAUCUGCUGCGUGGUGCUGGGAGUGGUCAUCGCCUCCACCGUCGGAGGGAUUUUCGCCUGAGCGGGAAGAGCGGCGGACUGUAUCCCCUUGGGCCACGCGGGAGAGCAGGACCCAGCGUCCCCCGUCCCCCCCACUGAGCCUUACAGCGGCCGGGAAAGGGCCCCCAAAUGGGCAUUCGGCACUCCUGUCUCUAAUGCAUGAUCUUUCGUGUUAAUGCUGUGUGUCGAGUACAAGGUGUGUGUUCCCAAGGGGGGCGGGCUGCACGCAAAGCGGACGCCGGAGGAGGGGGGGGCUUUAGCAGAGACCCCCCUUUGCAGCAUCCCACUGCCUUUGGGGUCCCUCCAAACUCAAGGUUUGAUCCUAAACCCAGACGUAUUUUCCUU